CCCGUCGUCGCUCGGCGACAUGAGGGAGGGCGGCGGAGAGUCUGAGCUGGAGGAGUCCUUGGAGCGGUAUCACCGGAACCUGCGUGAUCGUGCCAGUAAAAGCAUUGAUCAACUGAAGUAUGCCUUGGGUGAAAAAGAUCUCGCAACGGGAGAAGGUGCAGCUACAUUUGACCAGUUAUUUCCUAACGCAGACCCUGACGACAGCGAGGAUAAAGUUUGGCAGGAACUGCAGCACAGUCAUGCAGUUAAUCAACUAAAAGCUUUAUUACGGCUACAAGAAGAAAAAGAGGAUGAAACAUCCCCUUCACGAAGGAGGGCAGCAUCACCUUCGAGGACCUCUAAAGUUACAGAUCAGAGUCCGCCCGCACUUUGUGAUCUUGUUCCCAUCAUUAAUGAUCAAUCACAAUACAUUAACCACUUAGAGGCUGAAGUCAAAUUUUGCAAGGAGGAAAUGUUAGAACUGAAAAAUCGUAUACAUGUGGUUGUGCUUGAAAAUGAGAAGCUCCAUCAUGAUCUGAAAAUGGUAACAGUAGAGAACUCUCUUAGAGAACAAACUGUCUUGGAUGCCUCAGAUAAACUUAAACGUCUCUAUCAAGAAAGAACAGAUGUACUCGAGGCUCAAGUUCAGUCCUUAAGAAAGGACUUAUCAGAGUCCCAAAAGAACUGUGAAGAUCUGAGUGGAAGAUUAAAACAUCAACAAAUGCUCAAUGCCGCAAAUAGCUCCAAUAAGGUCGGCGGCCUUUGCUUGAAAUGUGCGCAGCAUGACGCUGUCCUUUCCCAGACUCAUUCAAACGUCCACAUGGAAACCAUUGAAAGGUUAACAAAAGAGAGGGAUGAAUUAAUGGCAGCCCUCUCAUCAGUAAGAAGAAACCUAACUGAAAUGCAGCAAAGGGAAUGCAGUGCUUAUGAACAAGUGAAGCAAGCUGUACACAUGACUGAAGAAGCCAAUUUGGAAAAAACUGAGGCUUUGGUACGUUGUGAGCAGCUUAAAAAUGAGAUGGAGAGACAAAGAGAUCGUCUUGAGAGGGAAUUAGCAGCCCAGUUAGAAAAGAGAACCGAAGAUCGAGAAGCAGUACGUGAAGAAAUGAAGAAAGAGAAAGAGAACUUGACAUCCUUGGUGAUGUCUUUAUCUCAGAAUGUAGCUACUCUGGAGGCUCAGGUUGACAGGAUUACAAGAGAGAAGAUCUCUUUAGCUAAUCAGCUGGGAGAAGCUCAAAAUCAAAAUGCUUCUCGCGAUAUGGAGAUUAAUAAGGUGUGUGGGGAAAUACGUUAUGAACUGAAUAAGACCAAAAUGAAGAAGGACGAGGCAGAAAAGGAGCACAGAGAGUAUAGAAUGAAAGCUAUAAGGGAGCUCGAAAUUAAAGAUCAGGAAAUAGAGAGAGCGCUAGUAGAACUCAGUGAAAAUAAACAGCGUUUAGAACGAGCACAGCAGGAUGCAGCAAAAGCAAAGGAUGAAUGUCUAAAACUAACAGAACUGCUGGGUAAAGCUGAACACCAGCUGCACCUUACCAGGUUGGAAAAAGAGAACAUUCAGCACAGCUUUAGCAAUGAGGCGAAGACCCGAGCCCUCCAGGCCCAGCAGAGAGAGCAGGAGCUGACACAGAAGAUGCAGCAAAUGGAGGCCCAGCAUGAUAAAACUGUAACUGAACUGGAUUCCUUGCUGAGCUCCCAGAAUGCAUUAAUAUCAAAAUUAAAAGAAGAAUGCUGUACACUGGCAAAGAAGCUUGAGUAUAUCACAGAAAAAAGCAGGUCUGAAAUCGGCAAGCUUAGUCAGGAAAACGAAUACGUCCAUGACAGACUUGAGAAGAUGCAAAAAUGGAAUGAUGAAUUGGAGGAGCAGUGCAUCCAACAUGGAAGGAUGCACAAUAAAAUGAAGCUAAGGCUGCACCAACUCGACAAGCAUUGCCAGUCCACUGCCCUGCAGCUGGUGGAGUUGCUCAACAAGCAGAAUCAGCUCUACAAGGAGAAGCAGAUGCUUACAGAAGAAGUAGACUUCCUGCGAACUCAGGUACCACUCAAGAACCAGGAACAAAAGCAGUGCCACGGGGGGGGGGGCACUUAA